AUGGCCGUCGCAAAGGAGUACACCUACCAGGACGUUGCUGAGCACAACACCAGCAAGGACCUGUUCCUCGUCAUCCACGACAAGGUCUACGACGCCACCAAGUUUGUCGACGAGCACCCCGGCGGCGAGGAGGUUCUUCUGGACGUCGGCGGCCAGGACGCCACCGAGGCGUUUGAGGAUGUUGGCCACAGCGACGAGGCGCGCGAGACCCUGCAGCAGCUGCUCGUCGGCAGCCUGAAGCGCCAAGCCGGCGACCCGAACCCGUCGAGCACCACGACCGGCGCCGUUGCGCCCAAGGCCCAGACCGACACUGCCGGCCUCGGCAUUGGCCUGUACGCGUUCCUGGCCGUCGGUGGUGCCGCUGCCUACUUUGCCUACCAAUACCUGCAGCAGCAGCAACAAACGCCUGCUUAA